UUCACUGUCUCCACCCUGUCUCCACCCUGUCUCCACCCUGUACCAUCCUGUACCACCCUGUCUCACCCUGUACCACCCUGUCCCCACCCUGUCCCCACCCUGUCCCCACCCUGUCCCCACCCUGUCCCCACCCUGUCUCCACCCUGUCUCCACCCUGUCCCCACCCUGUCUCCACCCUGUCCCCACCCUGUCUCCACCCUGUAUCACCCUGUAUCACCCUGUCUCCACCCUGUCUCCACCCUGUCUCCACCCUGUCUCCACCCUGUACCACCCUGUACCACCCUGUCUCCACCCUGUCUCCACCCUGUCUCCACCCUGUCUCCACUCUGUCCCCACCCUGUCACCCUGUCCCCACCCUGUGUCACCCUGUCCCCACCCUGUGUCACCCUGUCCCCACCCUGUGUCACCCUGUCCACACCCUGUCUCACCCUGUCCACACCCUGUCUCCAUCCUGUCUCCACCCUGUGUCACCCUGUCCCCACCCUGUGUCACCCUGUCCCCACCCUGUGUCACCCUGUCCCCACCCUGUGUCACCCUGUCCCCACCCUGUGUCACCCUGUCCCCACCCUGUGUCACCCUGUCCCCACCCUGUGUCACCCUGUCCCCACCCUGUGUCACCCUGUGUCACCCUGUCCCCACCCUGUCACCCUGUCCCCACCCUGUGUCACCCUGUCCCCACCCUGUGUCACCCUGUGUCACCCUGUCCCCACCCUGUCACCCUGUCCCCACCCUGUCACCCUGUCCCCACCCUGUGUCACCCUGUCCCCACCCUGUGUCACCCUGUCCCCACCCUGUGUCACCCUGUCCCCACCCUGUGUCACCCUGUCCCCACCCUGUCACCCUGUCCCCACCCUGUGUCACCCUGUCCCCACCCUGUGUCACCCUGUCCCCACCCUGUGUCACCCUGUCUCCACCCUGUGUCACCCUGUCCCCACCCUGUGUCACCCUGUCCACACCCUGUGUCACCCUGUCCACACCCUGUGUCACCCUGUCCACACCCUGUCUCCAUCCUGUCUCCACCCUGUGUCACCCUGUCCCCACCCUGUGUCACCCUGUCCCCACCCUGUGUCACCCUGUCCCCACCCUGUGUCACCCUGUCCCCACCCUGUCUCCACCCUGUGUCACCCUGUGUCACCCUGUCCCCACCCUGUCACCCUGUCCCCACCCUGUGUCACCCUGUCCCCACCCUGUGUCACCCUGUCCCCACCCUGUGUCACCCUGUCCCCACCCUGUGUCACCCUGUCCCCACCCUGUGUCACCCUGUCCCCACCCUGUGUCACCCUGUCCCCACCCUGUGUCACCCUGUCCCCACCCUGUGUCACCCUGUCCCCACCCUGUGUCACCCUGUCCCCACCCUGUGUCACCCUGUCCCCACCCUGUGUCACCCUGUCCACACCCUGUGUCACCCUGUCCACACCCUGUCUCCAUCCUGUCCCCACCCUGUGUCACCCUGUCCCCACCCUGUGUCACCCUGUCCCCACCCUGUGUCACCCUGUCCCCACCCUGUGUCACCCUGUCCCCACCCUGUGUCACCCUGUCCCCACCCUGUGUCACCCUGUCCACACCCUGUCUCCAUCCUGUCUCCACCCUGUGUCACCCUGUCCACACCCUGUCUCCAUCCUGUCUCCACCCUGUGUCACCCUGUCCCCACCCUGUCCCCACCCUGU